AUGAAAGAGGAGAGCGGCGUCGUGGCGCGGACUUUUGGAGCGGCGCCCUCCGCCCCCGCCCCCGCCCCCGCCGCCGCCGCCCUCACUCUCCCCUUCCUCCAGCCGGGGCAGGGCCGGCAGACACAGCGGCCUGGACGCUGGGGAGAGGCGCUGCGGCCGGCCGUUGCGAGGGCUGGGAGGCAGCGGCGGCGCGGCCCGGCACCUGCCCCCGUGUGGCGGUGCUCUAUCGCGAGCGCGCCGCGACUGUACCGACGCUCCGGCGCUGACUCACCCCACCCCACGGCACCGCAGCCCGGGCCCGGCGGCGGCCACUGGGGGCGGGUGGGGCCGCCAGCUGGGGCGGAGGGGGCGGGGUGGGGGCGGCCGGGGCAGUGGGAUGGGGCGCGUACUGCGGCGCGCACCCGCGAGACCCGGGCUUCGACCCGCGCAGCGCCGCCGCCGCCGCCGCCGCUACUGCCACUAAAUCAUCGGCGCACCUGCCGCCAGCCGGUAGCCGGCAGCCACGCACGCCCACCUAGCGACCGCCCACGCACUUUGCUCCGCAAGGCGGCGCCGAUCGAAAUAACUCGUCCCCCGGCGCGUACCGACAAUCGUCACAAAGGCAGGUGCCGUUUGUCCGAGAUCGAUCGGUCCCAACCUCGCUACUGUGCUCCACUGGCACGGCGAAGACGGACGCGCAGACGCGGCAGCCGCGGCGCCUCCAGUGCGGGGGUGGAGGAGAAGGAAGAGGAGGAGGAGGAGGAGGAGGCGGCGGCAGCUAUCAGCCGCUCAACAGGUGGGGCGGCGCGCUUAUCAAGACGUAUUAGCCUGGCCCGCAAUCACAGGCGGUCACGGCGCGCGGGUCAGUGA